AUGUUGUUCAAACAUCUCUCCCUCCUCGGCCUCGCUGUGUUCUCAAACGCCGCAGCUGUGUCCAAACGAGACGCCAACAAGAUUGCCACAAUCGACUUCAGCACGACCCGCGGUGCUCCGAAGCAGUACGGCAGCGGCAUCCUCUACGGCAUCCCCGACACCGACGCCUGGCAGAUCCCGAAGCACUUCUUCACCGACAUUGGCAUCAACCAUGGCCGCGGUGGGGGGUCGCAGGUCCCCGGGAAGGGGUGGGUCGGCGGCGAGGCAGACUAUGUCGCUCGUAUUAAGUCUGUCCACUCAAACUACCUGAAGCUCCGAGAGCUCGGCGGAAACUUCUUCAUGCUCAACUCGGGCCUUUGGGGCGGCGAUGGCCUCUUAGUUGCCUCCGACCCUCUUCCCGGCGACAACGACGACUGGAGCUCCUACGAUGCCUUCCUCUUGCGUGUCGCCGCCGAUAUCAACAGUCUAGGCAUGACGCAGGGCCUCAUUGUCGAGCUUUGGAAUGAGGCCGACUACUCGGCCUUCUGGCUUAACCGGUCGAAGGAGCAGUGGCUAAAGGCGUGGGGGUGGGCAUACCACCGUCUGCGCCCGCUUCUACCGGCGAGUGUCAUCAUUGGCGGGCCGGCGUUUGCGACGGAGAUGUCGAAUGCCGGGUGGUGGCCGGACUUUUUCCAGUAUGUCAAGACGAACGGGUCCGUGCCGGAGUACUGGUCAUACCAUUGCUUGUUCCAGGCUGGGGGAAUCGGAAAUGAUCCAGAGUGGAGCAUUGCGCAGAUGAACGGGCUACUCACUCAGUACGGGCUCCCGACAGGAUCACCGCUGAGUAUCAAUGAAUACGCACCUCCCGAGGACCAAAACCCCGGUUACUCCGCAUGGGUCAUCUCCACCUUCGAGCGCCGUGACGUCUACGGGCUGCGCGCAAACUGGGCCGCCGGCGGCGCACUCCACGACUACAUGGCGUCGCUCGUUGGGAAGCCAGACGAUACCAACGGCGGCACCUACAGCAACUCGUCCGGUGGAUACUGGCCGACGGGUGAGUGGCAUCUGUACAAGUACUACAAGCAGUCCCAGACGGGUGUUCGUGUUGCGAGCGAGCGGUCGGUUGAUGACUAUUUUGAUGUGUUUGCGACGUGGGAUGCGAGUAAGAGGAAGGCUUCGGUGAUUGCGGGGACGAAUGCGGUGACUGGGACCUAUGAUAUUCAGGUAAAUGGAUUGCCCGCGGGGGCGUUUUCGCGUGGUCGGGCGAGAGUCGUGGUAAAGAAGUAUCCGUGGGUGAGCUUCAGGGCGCAGGUCACGGAAGCGCAGAUUGUGACUGUCUCGGACACUGUGUAUACCGUGACGGGUGGUGCCUUUACGAUCCCGCUGACGAUCACGGAGGCUACCAGCGGGUAUUCGUUAGACAUCACCCCUGCGUAG